AUGGCAGGCGGAGUCCCCAUUGCAGCACCAACCCUGGCAUCAGGCUUCCUUCGAGGAAAGGACUUGAUCUUCCCUCUCUCCCUCGUCAUCUCCCUCUUCUUCCUCUGGGGUUUCUCAUACGGUCUUCUCGAUGUCCUCAACAAGCACUUCCAAACCGUCCUCGACAUUACCAAGCUUCAAUCUACCGGUCUUCAAGUCGUCUACUUCGGUGGCGGUUACUUGCUCUUCUCGCCUGUUGCUGCCGAAGUCAUGAAGCGAAAGGGUUAUAAGGUUACCAUUCUCAUGGGACUUUCACUCUACUCCUUGGGCGCAAUCUUUUUCUGGCCGACUGCACACUUCUCCACCUAUGAGCACCGCAUUGCCUCUUUCGGUGGUUUCUGCGCCUGUACUUUGGUCAUUGCCUGUGGUCUCGCUACCCUUGAGACUGCUGCCAACUCAUAUGCUGUCGUUAUCGGUGACCCAGCCAGUGCUUCAGCCCGUCUUCAAUUCUGCCAGUCAUGGAACGGUGUUGCCUCAUUCAUCGGUCCCUUGAUCGCAUCCAAAUUCUUCUUCUCCGGCAAGAACGCGAACAACUUGGUCAACGUCCAAUUCGUCUACUUGGCUGUCGCCUGUGCCGGUGUAGCCAUUGCCGUUCUCUUCCUCGUUGCCAAGCUCCCCGAAGUAUCAGAGGAAAUGCUCAACUCCUCCACCGUCGAGAACUACGCCACCGACGAGUUCGGACAAGAGAUCGGACAAGGACCCAUCUACAAGCAAUACAACAUGAUCUUCGGUUUCAUCGCUCAAUUCUGCUACGUCGGAGCUCAAGUCACUAUCGCUUCUUUCUUCAUCAACUACGCUACCGAGAACGCCACUUUCACCUCUGCUCAAGCCUCUAACCUUCUCUCAUACGCCCUCAUCACUUUCACCGUCGGUCGAUUCGUCGCUACUGCUUUGGCAACCGUCUUCCAGGCCGAUUUCCUCCUGAUGAUCUACGCCGCUAUUGCCAUUGCUCUCAACGCCGUGAUCUGCGCCGCCCACGGCAACGCAGCAGUCGGUGUCCUGAUCGCCAUCUUCUUCCUCGAAGCUCCCAUGUACCCAACUCUAUUCACUCUCGGUACCGCCAACUUGGGCCGCCACACCCGCCGUGGCGCUGGUAUCCUAGUCAUGGGCGUCAGCGGCGGUGCAGUCUUCCCUCCCAUCCAGGGCGCUAUCGCCGAUUCCGCAGGAACGAGAAUCUCGUAUGUGGUCCCAUUGGUCGGUUUCGUGUAUGUCUUGGGAUACGUGACUGCUCACUGGCUCCGCACUGGACGUCACAUCAUGAGAGUCAAGGAUAUUGUGGCGGCUGGUACUGCUGGGGGUGCUUUGGGAGGUGUGGUUGAGACGGUUCAUUAUGAUGGGGAUAAGGAUCUUAAGGUUGAGGAGGCGGAGCUUUCGAGAUCUUCUUAG